AUGCUUCACUCAAACACGACGAGGAAACGCGCCCUGAACAAACAAGAAACAGAGCGAGCACUCUACCUCAGCCUCUACGAGCUCAUGAAUCGCGCCUCCACAGUCGGAGAUGAGGAGACGGCUUUCGCGCUGGCGAGCAUAUUGGCGCAGGACGAACACUGCCCGAUCCUCUACCGCGCCCACGCCCACAUGCUCCUCGGACUUUGGCUCGACGCACCGGAAAGCAUCGAGCAUGCCAAAGAAGCCAUCACCAUGCUGGAGGAAGACUACUAUGAUGAGCUCGAAGCUGACGGACGCUUGCAGGACUUCGAUCGAGAGCAAGUUGCGCUGGCGAAGAGGAUUUUGCGCAUGGCGGAGGAGAAGGCGGCGGCUGUUGAGAAGAACGUGGAGGCAGACAUCGGUUGUGCAGGACCAGAAUGA